AUGAAGGCGCUUUGCAACUGCGUUUUUAUUGCCAUUUUCCUUCUUACUGAUGUUAUUGACCAAACAAAUGCAGCUUGGGUAGGAUCUACUUACGACAGUAACUCCGAUGGUCACAAACCAUUUGGUCCCCAAAAUGUCGGUGAACAUGGUGAUGGAGAGCCAGUUUACGGAUAUUAUUAUGACCCUAAAACUGGUACACACGGUCGAUUGCAGAUCCAACAGGGUCCCUAUGGAGGAGGUGGUCAACUUUACGCCUGA